AUGUCAUCAGAACCCCAACAAAUCAUAAAAGAAUAUCAAUCCUUCUUUCACUCAAUCCAACAAUCCCCAAAUGAUCCACAAGUAUUGAAAAUCAUCACAUUAGAAAACAUUGAAAUGGAUGUAGAAUUUUCAAAUAAUGGUUGGAUUUUCAAUAAUUUUGAAAUUUUUGAAAUUUUUGAAAAUGGAAUGAUGUUGAAGAGUGAAGGUUUUAAAAGAAAAUUUCAUGAUGUGUUGUAUGAGAAGUUGAUAUUAGAGGUCAUUUCAAUUGAAUUCGUUAAAGGAUUGUUCAUGACUUCAAUCAAAUCUAAUAAACCUUCAAGUAUCAAAGAUCUCAAUGGAUUGUGA